AUGCGCUGGUCCGCCGUAGCCCUGGCUGGGCCCCUGCUACAGGCCGCCCUGUCCGCAGCGUCCAGUCUCACGCCGCCUGUUCUUCCGUUGACUGUGAGAAACCCAUACUUCAGUACUUGGUUGGCUAACGCUCGGGACGUUCCCUGGUCGAAAUGGCCAAUUUUCUGGACCGGCGAAGAAAUUGGCUUCUCGUUGCUAGCUCAGGUACCCAGUGCAGGCAUUGUGUAUCCACUGCUUGGACGCCCACAGGACUCUCUGCGGAAAGAUAGCGGUGCCAAGUACGCAAUCGACUACCCGAUCUAUGAAGGAGCUACAUAUGAUGCAUCGACCACCAAUCUGACUUACACCCUUCCCAUCGCCCACCGCGAGCUGGAAAUAGUCCUGUCCUUUCUCUCUCCAAUUACACCUACAUCGACUCUGCGGCAGUCGAUUCCAGCAUCCUACCUCAAUGUAUACGUCACUGGUAACGUCGAUGUCAAUGUGUACAUCGAUCUAAACGGGCAAUGGGUUAGUGGUGACCGAGGAUCACAGCUUGUUUGGAAUUUCGACCAUAUCAAUGCUCAAAGCGGAGCAAAGAAAUUAAAGAAAUGGCAAUUUUCGCGUCAAAAUGAGUUGCUGGUCUCCGAGUUUGCGGACCGAGCUGAAUGGGGUACCUUGCAUUUUGUCGCACCCGAGGAUGUUCGUCAUGAGUCUGGGACGUCUGCAAUACUGCGAGAUCGUUUCGCUCGCACAGGUACUCUAGAAGACGCUGUAGACACCCGCUUCCGGUCCAUCAUGGACGAAGAACCAGUAUUCGCAUUUUCCAAACAUUUCGCUCUCAACACCACCCACUCAUCGACAAAAUCCGACUCGGUACAGUUCACCAUAGCUCACACUCAGGAUAUUGUCAUCCAAUAUGCUUCCGCGCGGGGAUUGACUUACAUGCGACCUUUGUGGAAAUCAUGGUUCAACACGAAUGACGAGUUAUUGGAAUUUCAUUACGAUGACUUUGCGGAUGCUAAUACCCUGGCGUCCAAUUAUUCAGCUCAACUGGCUGUGGAUGCAUACAAGUCGGGUGCUGAUGACUACGUGGACAUUGUCACGCUUUCUGCCCGCCAGGUGCUAGGUGCUACCAGUUUUGCCGGAACUGCAGAGAAUCCCCUCCUGUUCUUGAAGGAGAUCUCAUCUGAUGGCAACACGCAAACGAUUGAUGUCAUCUAUCCUGCGUUCCCCUUCUUCCUAUAUACCAGUCCUCGUUGGAUGGCCUAUCUGCUUGAGCCAUUGAUUGAACACACAUUGAGCGGGCAGUAUCCAAACAAAUACGCCAUGCAUGAUCUGGGAACACACUUCCCAAAUGCGACAGGACAUUCCGAUGGAAGAGAUGAAUAUAUGCCAGUCGAGGAGUGCGGAAAUAUCUUGAUCUUGGGUCUUGCGUUGGUGAAUUCAUUGCGAUACAGCGAUGACCAGGAGUCAAUCUCUCUAUGGGCUGCUCAAGGUGCUGUGACUCCGGAGACAAUUUAUGACCAGGCAUUCCCUUUCACUCUGGCGGACCUUCAGACAAUCUCCGAGAUAGACCAUCAAGAUGGUAAAUGGGGUGGAGAGGGACGUGGUGCAAAGCAUGCCCGUCAGUGGGUUCAACGAAGCUACAAUUUGUGGAAGCAGUGGACAGGUUACCUCGUAGAUUUCUCACUAGAGCCGGAGAAUCAACUGUCCACCGAUGACUUUGCAGGAUGGCUUGCUCUCCAAACGAACCUUGCCCUAAAGGGCAUCAUUGGCAUCAAUGCCAUGAGUCAAAUCGCAGAUAUCGCAGGCGAGGCGUCAGACGCAGCCUAUUUCAAGCGCAUUGCGGACGACUAUAUUAUAAAAUGGGAAGAAUUUGGUAUGUCCCGUGAUGGCUCGCAUGCCAAAUUGGCAUACGAUUGGUAUGGUUCAUGGACUACUUUGUACAACAUUUAUGCGGACGCACAACUCUGCUUCCAUCUGGAUGGCGCAGACGACAUAUAUGAUGGGUUGCUCCAGACACCGCUGUCAACCCAGAAGCGUGGCUUUGUACCAAGGCACAUUUACCAGAAGCAAUCAAACUGGUACCAUUUCGUCCGACAGAGAUAUGGUCUGCCUCUUGACAGUCGUCAUUUAUACACCAAGACUGACUGGGAAUUCUUUUCCAUGGCCGUUGCCAGUGAACAAGUCCGCAGCGAGAUCCUAGAGUCUGUAGCCACUUGGGUGAACGAGACUGCGACUGAUCGACCAUUUACUGACCUCCAUGAGACCGAAGGGAAUGGCGGAUAUCCCGGUAUAUUCUUCAUUGCACGUCCUGUCGUUGGAGGCCAUUUUGCAUUUUUGGCUCUACAGCGAGCUUGUGGUGGCAGAGCAAUGGAUGGUCUGUCAUUUUUGAACGACGUUGACCCCGAAUCGGAUACUGUCGCAGCAGCAGCAGCCUCCGAGUUCAAUCGUAUGUUACGGCCGUCAUUGAAUGGAGAGCUAUGA